CACACAAAUUUCAUAAUUCUACAGUCCUAAUGCGUAUUAAUAAAGUAAACAAUAUUAUUUAUUUUAAAUAGUAUAUAUUUCUUAUAUUUUAAAAAUAUUUAUAUGCAAUUUUAUAUAUAUAAAUACAAUUAUAAAAAAUGUUAUCCAGCAUUGUACGUAUUUAUAUAAAAUGACAUAUACGAUUUCAAUUGGAAAUGCUUCGAAUUACAAAGUUAUAAAGAAGAUUAAAAAUACAAUGCAAAUGACCCAUUAGUGGUAAUUAUGCAGUCGCAAAAAUUUAAAUAAUUAGAAGGAAAGAUCUGCUUAUAUAAGUAACGGUUUAUCGCUGUAUUGUCUAAUUACUUUUUCAUCUCCAGUACAAAGUGUAUCCAACUGAUAUCGCAAAUAUCAAGUCUAUAGUGUUGAUAGCAUCAUAAAUAGAACAAAAUAUAUAACAUAUACUUACUAUUAUUCUGGAUUAACAUAUACGAAAAUUAUUGACAUCAUGAUGAAAGAAACAUACAGACCGUGCAUUAAUAUUGAUUCUGGCAAGGAAAUAGUUAUUUCAGGUAUUGCUGGUAGAUUUCCAGAUUCAAACAACAUGAAUCAGUUACAAGAAAAUUUACUCAACAAAGUUAAUCUUCUUAGAGCAGAUCAUUGCCGAUGGAAAAUAGAGCAUCCCGAUUUAGCACGACGCAUGGGAGUAAUUAAUAAUGUGGAAAAGUUCGAUGCUGAUUUUUUCAAUGUACCUUUCAAACAAGUACACACGCUCGAACCUAUGACGAGAAUGUUAUUGGAACAUACAUACGAAGCAAUAAUCGAUGCAGGAAUUAAUCCAAAACAAUUGCGAGGAAAAAAUACUGCCGUUAUCAUAGGGACAUCUUUUCUUGAAUCGCAAAACAAAUUUAUGUAUGAGAAUCUCCAGGUAGACGGUCUAGGCAUCGUUGGAUGUAGCAAAUCUACGACAGCAAAUAUGAUUUCAAAUUUGCUGGAUUUGAAAGGACCAUCCUAUACAGUCGAUACGGCAUGUAGCUCUAGUCUUUAUGCCAUGGCUCUUGGUUAUCGCGAUAUCAUGUCAGGUCGAUGCGAAGAUGCGAUAAUUGGAACCUCACAGCUAUGCUUAAAUCCCGUCGUAACUCUGCAGUUUUCUCGUCUAGGUGUUUUAUCAUCCGAUGGUUACUGCAAGCCUUUUGAUAAUGCCGCAAGCGGUUAUUCGCGUAGCGAAACCGUAUCGGUGCUAUAUCUUCAAAAGGCAAAAAAUGCUAAAAGAAUUUACGCUACAUGUAAACAUAUUAAAAUAAACAGUGAUGGUUACAAAGAGGAAGGAAUAAUGUAUCCAUCGACGCAUGUUCAAAGCAAUUUAUUGACGGAGUUUUACAAGGAGUGCGGAAUAUUACCAUCUUGCCUAGAUUACAUUGAAGCGCAUGGUACUGCUACCAGAGCUGGCGAUCCUGUAGAAGUGAAUGCUCUCUAUAAUGUUUUGUGUAAAAACAGAAAUACUCCGUUGAUGAUGGGCUCCGUAAAGUCCAAUCUUGGUCACGCUGAACCAGCCAGUGGUUUUACUCAAAUCGCUAAGGUGAUAAUAGCAUUCGAAACGGGUCUUAUUCCACCAAACAUCAAUUAUACGUCACCAAGAAAUGAUAUAGAUGCUCUUGUAAAUGGAACUAUCCAAGUGGUUACAGAAGCAAUGCCACUUAAUAAUGGUUACAUAGGCAUUAAUUCUUUUGGCUUCGGGGGGUCCAAUGCUCAUAUGUUACUAAAAUGGAAUAUCAAACAGAAAGUUAACAAUGCAGCACCGAGCGAUGGCUUGUCAAGACUUGUGACAUUGUCCGGACGCACUGAAGAAUCAAUAAACUUGUUUUUAAACGAUGUCGCUAAUCAUUCGACAGAUGCCGAAUAUAUUCGUUUACUACACGAUAUCCAUGCAGAUAAUAUAGAGGGUCAUCCAUGGAGAGGAUAUAUUAUAUUGGACACUUUGCAAAAAAAUUCAAUAAAGGAGAUCAAUAAGGAUGAAAAUAAUAAGAAUGUAAAAAGACCUAUUUGGUUUAUAUUCUCUGCCUUAGGCGCGCAAUGGCCAAGGAUGGGUCGAAAUUUAUUAAAAUUUCACGCCUUUGCAAAAGCUGUAAAAAUGUGCGACACUAUUUUAAAAUCAUAUGAUAUAAACAUCAUGAACAUUUUGACAAAUGAAGGCGAAAAAGCUUGCGAAAGCGCUUUACACACACUUGUUGGUAUCAUCGCUAUUCAGGUCGGCUUAGUAGAUCUUCUAACAUCUUUAGAAAUUACUGCGGAUUACAUGAUUAGUCAUUCUGCUGGUGAACUUGGUUGUGCGUAUGCGGAUAAAUGUCUAACUAUUGAACAAACUAUUUUAUCGGCAUACUUUAUUGGGUUAGCUUGUGUCGAAGGAAAUGCGAUUCACAGCUCUAUGGCAGUUGUGAAUCUUGAUUACGAAUGCCUCAAGAAUAUAUGUCCAGCGGAUAUUGAAAUAGUUUGCUACAAUAGUCAAAACAGUAAUAUUGUAAGUGGGCCCGCAGAAUCCAUAAAAGAGUUCGUGAAAAAAUUACAGAUUAAUAACAUUAACGUGAAAGAAAUCUCCUGCGAUAUACCAUAUCACAGUCAUUAUCUCGCAUCCGUGGAAACUCGACUUUUACAUAAUUUGAAUCAAGUAAUACCACGGUCGAAAAAACGAAGUUCAAGAUGGAUCAGUACCUCCAUACCUUGCAUCGAAUGGUCUAAUGAGAUAUCGAAAUUAUCUUCAGCAAAUUAUCAUACACAUAGUAUACUAAAUACUGUAUUAUUUGAACAAGCAACAAAUUUAAUUCCAAAUAACGCCGUGACUAUCGAAAUUGCACCAGACGGCGUUCUGCAACAUAUCUUGAAAGAAUCCUUACAUCCAAAAGUGGCGAACAUCGUACUGACUCAGCGCACUGAGCAAAAUACCACCGAUGUAACUUUGCAAGGGAUUGGAAAACUCUACAAUUGUGGCUUACAACCGCAGAUCGCUAAUUUAUAUCCGCCAGUGGAAUUUCCAGUUAGUCGAGGCACUCCUAUGAUCUCUCCAUCUAUCAAAUGGGAUCAUUCUGAAGAUUGGUUUGUGACAACCUAUCAAUCACAGAAGCAUAUACAAUUCAGAGAAAGACAAGUCGAAAUCAAUCUCAACGACGAAAACUAUGAUUAUAUGGUCGAUCAUGUAAUCGGCGGAAGAAAUUUACUACCAGCGACAGGAUAUCUUGCGCUCGUUUGGGAAACUAUCGGCAUGAUGAAAGGAAAGAUAUACACAACUAUGCCGAUAAUAUUUCGAGAUAUAAGCUUUAUUCGUGCUACUCACUUAUCGAAUAAUGUAAAAUUGACGAUUACUAUACAGGAAGGCAGUGGAAGAUUCGAAAUUAUUGAAGGAGAUAGUGUUGUGGUAAUAGGUACAGUACAUACUGUAUCGAAUCCAGAACAAGAAAUGAUUCCGACCAAUCUAUUGCCGGAGGAUGACAACAAAAAAGAACAUAUGACUGCUCGAGAUAUCUACAAAGAGCUGAAAUUACGCGGUUACCAGUACAACGGCAAGUUCCGUGGAUUAAAAAGCGCAUCUAUUUCAGGCAACAAAGGACAUAUUGCUUGGGAAAAUAAUUGGGUAACAUUUAUGGAUACCAUGCUGCAGCUGUAUAUUCUUGGAAACGAUAGGGAUUUAUAUGUUCCUACGAAUAUUAAAAAAUUGGUGAUCGAUCCUGCGCUUCACUUGUCAAAGCUGCGGGAGAUAACGACAGAAGAGGAUAAACAAUUAUCAAUACGGAUAUAUAGAGAAAUAGGCGCAAUUAUAUCUGGCGGAAUAGAGAUUCGAGGUGUUGAAGCUACUGUAAUAUCUCGCCAGAAAAUAACUCAGGAUCCCAUUAUCGAGGAAUACAUAUUUGUAGCUCAUCAUGAUCGCGUGAAGAUUUCUUUAAGCGAAGCGAUCCAAAUAUCGGCGCAACUCGCGUUGGAAGAUCAUCAGAUCAUUAAAGUAAAAGCCAUUGAACUAAUAGAAGAUAUCGAUAAUAUAAUGUUGGAAGAAUUAUCAUCUUUGUUGCUGAUUAAAACUCUUAGUAAUAUGCCGCUAAUACAGGCAGAUAUUACUUUAUUAACAUCAUUGAAUCGUUUCAAUCCAGUAGAAUUACCACAAAAUGUUAUAAUCGCAGAUUUAAACAAACCAUCUAUAGAUGAUAAAGUCUUAAUAGCUAUCGGAUUCAACCUCUUGACAAAACAACAAAAUUCAUUAGAAAAACUUUUGCCGUUCGUAAGAGAAGGUGGUUAUCUGUUGACACGCGAAAAAUGCAACAUAAUUAACUACGACAAAUAUUUGCGACAGUAUGAAUUAAAUGUUAUUCUCGAAAAGCGCACUGAGACGGAAUUAAUCGUGCUUUUAAAGAAAAAAGUUCAAGUAAAGAAAACGGCUGUCGUCUAUAUAAAUAAUGACAACUUUAAUUGGCUCGAAGACUUAAAGUUGCUUAUGAACGAUGAGAAUCAACUUGAUAAAGAUAGUAGAAUCAUAAUUGUUGGAGAGGCAGACCUUGAGUGCGGUUUGUUAGGCUUUGUUAACUGUUUGAGAAAGGAGUCAGGCGGUGAGCUUGUCAGAGGUGUACUUAUUCAAGACCAGAAGGCUCCUAAAUUUUCUCUGCAAAAUCCCUUUUAUAAACAACAAUUGCAAAAAGACAUGACUAUCAAUGUUUUGCGCUCUAAUAAAACCUGGGGAUCUUAUAGACAUUUACAUCUGCCGCGUCCAGAAGCCAAACCGGUACCUACCGCUUACGUCAGUCAAAUGGUUCGUGGUGAUCUAAGCACCUUUUGUUGGAUAGAAAAUGAUAUAUCCGUAGAUUCUCAUCUGAAAGAUUUGAUACAUGUGAUCUAUUCGUCUAUCAAUUUCAAGGAUGUAAUGUUAGCUACUGCCAAACUAAAUUUGGGUUCUACGGCAAUAUCGCAAGGACGAUUUCAAAAUAUAUGUCUUGGAAUAGAAUAUGUAGGAUUCGAUACCAAUGGACGCCGCGUAAUGGGACUUUGUGAUAAUAAAUGUAUAGCAAACGUCGUUGUGAAAGAUAAAGAUUUAUGUUGGAAUAUACUUGAUACAUGGACAUUCGAAGAGGCGGCUACAGUCCCGUGCGUUUACAGUACGUGCUACUUCGCUUUAUACAUUUGUGGGAAGAUGAAGAAAGGCGAUAAAAUACUUAUACAUUCCGGUACUGGAGGCAUUGGACAAGCAGCUAUCCACCUUGCUCUUCGUGAGGGAUGCGAGGUGUUCACUACCGUGGGUACAAAUGAAAAGCGAGAAUUUAUUAAGGAAACGUUUCCAGCUAUUAUGGAUGAGCAUAUUGGAAACUCUCGAGAUACCAGUUUUGAACAAUUGAUAAUGUUGCAAACAAAUGGUCGUGGCGUGGACAUCGUAUUGAAUUCACUGGCGGAAGAAAAAUUAAUCGCAUCCAUUCGUUGUCUAGCACGAAACGGUCGUUUCCUGGAAAUUGGCAAGUUUGAUCUUGUUUCUAACAAUCCUCUAGAUUUAAUCGUGUUUCAAAAAGGCAUUAGUUUUCACGGAAUUCUACUAGAAAAUAUGUUUGUCGGUCGUCACAAGUAUAAGUUUCUAUUAUCCAAAAUGAUGGCUAACGGCCUGAAAAAUGGUUCCAUCAAACCGCUUCAGGUGAAAGUUUUCCCAAAAUCAGAAAUUGAGACAGCGUUUAGAUAUAUGGCAAGUGGGAAACAUAUAGGAAAGAUAAUUUUAAAGAUUCAAGAGGAAGAUCAACCUUUGAACGGAUUUUUUGUCGCACAUCGUCGUUACUAUUGUCUCAGCGACAGAAGCUACAUUAUACUAGGAGGUCUAGGUGGAUUUGGAUUGGAGUUAACUGACUGGUUGAUUCUACGAGGUGCUAAGAACGUUGUGCUGAUUUCUCGUACUGGGAUAAAAAAUGGUUAUCAGCGCAUGAAAAUUCAAUUGUGGAAAUCCUACGGUGUAAAUGUACUUAUUGUCACAAAUAUCGAUUGCGCUAACCGUGAGGAUUGCAAACACCUUCUGCGAAUUGCGGAAGAAGUAGCACCGGUGGAUGCGAUAUUCAAUCUCGCUGUGGUGCUGAAGGAUCGCAUUCUGAAGAAUCAAACUCCGGAUACUUUUGCGGAAUCUUUCAAAUCGAAAGCCUGGGCGACACAAAUGUUGGACGAGCUGUCCAGAAAGAUUUGUUCUAAACUACAACACUUUGUAAUGUUUUCUUCCGUUUCUUGCGGCAGAGGAAAUGCUGGACAAACUAAUUAUGGCAUGGCCAAUUCCGUCAUGGAGAGAGUGUGUGAGAAGAGGGCGAAGGAUGGAUUACCCGGACUUGCGAUUCAGUGGGGAGCCAUAGGUGAUGUUGGUCUUGUCGCCGACAUGCAAGAAGAGGAUAAGGAACUCGUUAUCGGCGGCACAUUGCAGCAAAAAAUAUCCAGUUGCCUUGACGAACUUGAUACAUUUUUAAUUCAAAGCCGUCCAGUCGUAAGCAGCAUGGUUGUAGCUGAGAAGAAGGUAGGAUCUUCCGGAUUUGACAAUAUUGCGGAAACUAUCGCUAAUAUUCUAAAUAUAAAUGACAUGAACAUGAUAAGCCAAAAUACAUCUCUGGCUGAGCUCGGAAUAGAUUCCAUGAUGGUCGUGGAAAUCAAGCAAACCAUGGAACGAGAGUUCGAUAUCCAUUUUACUCCAAAAGAGAUACGGAACCUUACUUUCGCAAAACUCAAUAAGAUGUCCAACGCAAACACUGGUAGCGAUAAUACGCAAGCUGAAAAGUCAAUCGAUACAAGGAAACCAGACGUCAUAAAAUUGUUCAGUAUCGUGAAUGACGAACAUUUUAUGACAGAAAUCUGUUUAGAUAUUUCGACUAAAAAAAAGGAAAAUAUGGUCCAAGUAUUUCUUAUACCAGGAAUUGAAGGCUGUGGAGCUAUAUUUAAUCACUUAGCAUCAAGUAUUAAAUUUUCUUUGACAUUUCUGCAGUAUGGCACAAACAAUAUCGACGCUACAAACAUAAUAUUGGAUACGACGGAUUAUCUUUUGGAGCACGUAUUAUCAAGAUUGAAAGAUGGAAAAGAUUUUGUAAUGGUAGGAUAUUCUUUCGGAUCUAUUAUCGCAAUUGAGUUAGCAAGAAGAUUGGAAACUAUGAAAUUUAAAGGGCGACUUGUUCUUAUCGAUGGUGCUCCUGAACAAAUACGAAUGAUGAACGAACAUUAUAUGCCAAGUUCAAGCGAUGUAGAACAUCAAAUUGAUAUUCUGAACAUUAUUAUGGAAAUUUAUGACAUAAAAAUCAGAGAAAAGGUUCUAGAGGAAUUAAAGAAAUGUAAAACUUGGGAGGAGCGGUUUGAUGUUUUUGCCAAACACUUUUUAGAAAUAAAUACAUUAUUGUCACCCAUAAAUCUGAAAACACUGUGUACAACAGUGUAUAAACAUUCAGCCGCUAUUCGACAAUAUAAUCCUUCUACGCUACCACGUAUUAAAUCGCCCAUAACAUUGCUGAAACCUACAUUGUCAGAUGUAUAUAAGAUUGAAGAGGAUUAUGGUUUGCACAAGGUAACUCAAAGUAAAGUGGAGGUACAUUACAUCGAGGGUAAUCAUUUGACGAUCUUGAGAAACGAAAAAGUAGCAGCUGCGAUUAAUGGAGAGAUACUAUAAUUGAUACUAUAAUUGAUACUAUAAUUGAUUGUUAUCAAUUGUGAUGCAUUUUAAUACAUAUUAAUAUAUUAUUCGGUGUCGGUAUUUUGUGCAUGUUCGACAAACAUAUUAUCAAUAAAAUGCCAUAAAAUAUUU